AUGAUUGGAAAAAAACUCUAUUAAAUGCCUUACGAAGGUUCUUUACAUAAAUUAACUUGGAUGGGCUUUCCUAAAUCGUCAGAAUUCACUCCGCAUUUGUUAAAUCUUUAAUAAAAUUUAGCACUUUUGGCUAAGACUAUUUCUAAAUAUGAACCUGUGAAUCUUAUAGUUCCAGACAAGGAAACCUAGAAGAUUGCUGAAAGAUUUGUUGAUUAGACUGAUUUUUAGUCAAAAUUUAAUAUUACAUACAUUUUAAAUCCUAUCUUCGAUUUAUGGCUUAGAGACACUGGGGCCAUUUUUGUAAAGAGUUUGGAAAAUCAAUCUCAAGUAUAUGCUGUUGAUUUUAACUUUAAUGCUUGGGGAAAUAAAUUAGAGCCUAAUGAUGACAGAUUUAUUGCAAAGUUUAUGAUUCAACAUGAGAAAGCAAAUUUAAUUUCAACAAAAUUAGUUCUUGAAGGAGGAGCAAUUGAAGUAGAUGGAGAAGGUACAGCUAUUUUAGCAGAAAGCUGUAUUCUAAAUGAAAAUAGAAAUCCUAAUUGGACAAAAAGUGAAGUUGAGUAAGAACUUUAUAGAAUUUUGGGUAUAGAGAAAAUAAUAUGGGUUCCUGGAGUUAGAGGUAUGGAUAUUACUGAUGGACAUAUUGAUUUAUAUGCUAGAUUUGUUGGCCAAUCAAAUCCUGCUCACGUAUUUGUUCAUUUAGACCCAAAAGACCCUUCUACAAAUGAAAAUUUGUAAAUAAUACAAAAUUCUACUGAUGCUAAAGGAAGAAAGUUAAUUCCAGUUAUUUUACCUGCUCCAGACCAUAAUAAAAUUAGAAAAUAGCUAUCUGAAAUAAAAGAAAGUGCUUUAAGCUAUUGUAACUAUUUGGUGAUGAAUGAAGCAGUAGUAUUGGCUAAAUUUGGUGAUGAUGAGACAGAUAAUAAAGUGAAAGAAAUUUUGUAGUAAUAAUUCUAAAAUAGAACUAUUGAAAUGAUUGAUAUUGAUUAUAUUAUAAAUGGUGGAGGAGGCGCUCACUGCUCAACUUAAUAGUAAUUUGAAUAUUGA